UUCAGGCAGGCAAUCAGGGCCACCAUAAAGAACACAGAGAGGGGCGCCCUGCUCACCACCCAUUACAUGGCAGAGGCAGAAGCCGUGUGUGACCGCGUGGCCAUUAUGGUGUCCGGAAGACUGAGGUGUAUUGGUUCCAUCCAGCACCUCAAAAGCAAAUUUGGCAAAGACUACCUGCUGGAGAUGAAGGUGAAGACCCCCACUCAGGUGGAGCCCCUCCACACAGAGAUCCUGAGGCUCUUCCCCCAGGCUGCCCGGCAGGAAAGGUAAAAUUGGUUCUUGCUUUG